UUGACUUCUGAUUUUAGAUUUGGAAUUUUGGAACUUUGAGUUCGAUUUUUGGUUUUGAAAUCUGGAACUACUUCAUCUUCCUUAGAUCUGAAGAUUCCUUUCACAACAUCUGCGAAACUCCACGCUAGUUGAUGUUUCUCCGGGUGAGAAUUACUUGGUAACCUACCAUAGCCAGAAACCAGACAACCCGCAAGAUGCAAGUCAAGUUGAGAUCAAAAUCUUUGAUAUGAGAAGCGGUAGAGUAAUGAGAGGUUUCAAAGGAAGUGCUGAUGAGUUUUCAGCUGGAGGAGACAGCCUCUCGUGGCCUGUCUUCAAGGUAUGUUACAAAACCCGAGCUGUCUUUGUUUCGACAUCUCUGCUCUUGUCUGUAUAUAUAUCUUACAUGUUUGAUCUCUCUGUUUUAAUUCAGGUCGCUCUUGUUCAACUCCCUAGCAAGGUGGAGAUAAGGCAGAAGUAUCUUUUAAAUGUGAGUGGCUGCAAGAUGUACUGGCAGAGCAAUGGGGACUAUCUUGCUGUCAAGGUGGAUCGAUACGGAUCAAAAUCAAAGAAGAGCACACAUUCAGGGUUCGAGCUUUUCCGAAUCAAGGAGAAAGAUAUUCCGGUAGAGGUUCUUGAGCUUGACAGCAAGAACGAUGAGAUCAUUGAUUUCUCGUGGGAGCCCAACGGUCACAGGUUCGCCGUGAUCCACGGCGACCUACCGAGGCCGGAUGUCAGUUUCUACUCGAUGAAAACCGCACAACACGGUGGUAGAGUUUCAAAGCUCGUUACCCUAAAGGCCAAGCAAGCCAAUGCCCUCUUCUGGUCUCCCACUGGCAAACACGUUGUCCUAGCUGAUGGGUUAAGUGGAUUCAGUGGUAAGCUUGAGUUUUACAAUGUGGACGAGCUUGUGACUAUGGCAACAGUUGACAACUUCAUGGCCACAUAUAUCGAGUGGGAUCCAAGUGGAAGUAACAUCACCAGUCCACGAGAUGGAGAAUGGUUUGCUUGGCGUCCAAGGCCACCGUCAUUGUUGUCGGACGAAAAGGAAGAAGAGGUGGCCAAGAAUCUGAAGAAGUACAGCCACAAGUACGAGGAAGAGGACGAUGACGUGUCAAUGUCGUUGAGCAAACAAGGGAAGGAGAAGAGGAGAAUGAUGAGAGAGGAAUGGGAGAUGUGGUUGAACAAGUGGAAGAUGUUUGACGAGGAAGAUCAAACUCAGAGGGAGAAUCAUCUUAUUGGUGACGACGAAGAGGAAGAAGAGUAUUCUUAUGAGACCAUGGAGGAGUUGAUCAAUGUCUCUGAGGAAGUCGUUCCCUUGACAGUUGACACUAUGAGCAAGAACAAA